AUGGCUAAGUUAGGUCGUAACAUUUCAGCUGGGGAACCAUUAUAUUGUCAAACACGUCCUUUUAACUCUAGUGAAGACUCAAUUGAAGUAGUUGCAGCAAAACCUUUAGAAAUAUGGUGGCACGAAUGGGAUGCUGCUUCAAGUACAGUGGAAACACCACUUUUACUUUCCUGUCCAUUAACAGAUAGUCUAUAUAACUUGUCUGUAGUGUCUAUCGUUACUGAACCCUGCGAAGAUUCUGUUAAUGCAUUUGUAUUAACACCCACUAAGAAAUUAACCGAAUACAAACGAACAUUUACAAUAUGCGUUAAAGAUAUGAAUUUCAACAAAAAUAUGGCGCAAAACCUAAUAGAAUGGAUUGAAACCAACAAGAUACUAGGCGUUGACCUUAUUGACGUAAAAAUUGAUGAAAUAAGCGAGGAGACCCAAAAUGUCCUAUUAAGAUAUAAAGAUCAAGGGUAUGUUAGAUUAUUUCACGUUCCUAUUAAAUAUACAUUUGAAAGAUCCCUAUGGCAAAGAAGAAGGGAUCAUUUAAUAAGUUAUAAUGAUUGCUUAUACAGAAAUUUAGCAGAAUCAGAGUAUAUUGUACCGUUAGAUGUAGAUGAAAUACUGCUGCCAAAAAUAGCUUUUAAUUUAUCCGAAUUGCUGAGACGUUUAAGAAAAUUUGGUUGGAAUCCAAAAGAAUAUUCAGCAAUUUUAGUUCAAAAUGUUUUCUUUUUUGAUUUUAUGCAAGGUGUGCAUAAAUAUAAAUUCUUUAAAAAUGGUUCUAACAAGAGUAAGAUCUAUGUCAAACGAGAUAAUGUACGAAUUAACGAAGCGAUCAAAAUCGAUGUAGAAAAAAUAGAAUUAGAAGAUGAUUCUAAUAGUUUAAGUAUGACUGAUUUAGAUAAUUUAGAUAAAGAAAAUUUAAACAAUUACGGAAUUAAGUGUAGUAAAGGAAAAUUCCUAUUCCCAAAUUAUCACAAAAUAUUAUUCGUUCAGCGUUAG